AGCAAAUAAUCCCCUAAGGUGAAAGGUGUAAUUCAUCUGUCGCGGGGUUUCGGAAUAAUCGGGAUUUAGUAGAGUCAUAACAAUGGUGAAGUACUCAAAGGCUCCUUCGAACAUCUCGAAGUGUGCCCAAGCCAAGGGGUCGCACCUUCGUGUUCACUUCAAAAAUACAUAUGAAACUGCUGAAGCUAUUCGUGGCAUGUCUGUAAAUGCCGCCAAGAGGUACCUCCAGGACGUUAUUGACCACAAACGCUGUGUUCCCUUCCGCAAAUUCAACGGUGGUGUUGGACGAUGCGCUCAGGCCAAGCAGUUUAAGCACACACAGGGUAGAUGGCCUGAGAAGUCUUGCCGUGUUUUGAUUGACCUUCUUGUUAACCUUCAAGCCAAUGCUGAGGUUAAAGGAUUGGAUUCUGAUCAGCUCCACAUCGAGCACAUCCAGGUCAACAGGGCACCACUCGGAAGGAGGCGUUCUUACCGUGCCCACGGAAGAAUCAUUCCAUUCCUAUCCCACCCAUGCCACGUGGAAAUCAUCGCCAUUGAGAAGGACGAAACUGUGCCCAAGUUCGUAGAACCUUCUAAAAAGGUGAUUAAACUUAACAAGCGCCAAUUGGCCAGAUUCAGGCUUAGGGAUGCUAGAAGUGCUGCUAGAGCCGCUUUAAACAAGGCUUGAACACACUUAUAAUCUAAUUUCAUUCC